UCGCUUUCGGUGCGGGAGCUGUGGCGACUGGCCCCUGCAGCUGCCCUCCUCGCUUCUCCUCCUCUGAGGCUCCGACCUCGGCAGCCCUUACGGCCCUUGGCGUCUCCACUGGCGCCACCGUCAGACCCGCGGGCCGCGGUGCCCAUGAGAACGCGGGCCCCGCCGCCGCCUUUGCGGCGUCUCCGUAGUCCCGAAGCGCCCCGAGCCGGCGGGGGCAUGGACGCGGCAUGAACGCGGAGCCGCCACCCGAGCCACAGAAGACGGCGGCGUCGGAGCCCGAGGUGGGAGCCAUGCCGGAGAAGCGCGCGGGUGCGCGGUCCCCUGGCGGCAGCACGCUGCAAGGCUUCGGCCGACCAAGUGUAUACCAUGCUGCUAUUGUCAUCUUCCUUGAAUUCUUUGCAUGGGGCUUAUUGACAACUCCAACAUUAACUGUUCUACACGAAACAUUUCCUCAACACACAUUCCUCAUGAAUGGUCUCAUUCAAGGUGUAAAGGGCCUGCUCUCUUUUCUGAGUGCCCCACUCAUAGGCGCUCUGUCUGAUGUGUGGGGGAGGAAGCCCUUUCUCCUUGCCACUGUCUUCUUCACCUGCUUCCCAAUUCCACUGAUGAGGAUCAGCCCAUGGUGGUAUUUUGCAAUGAUUUCCAUGUCUGGAGUCUUCUCAGUCACAUUCUCUGUGAUAUUUGCCUAUGUAGCUGAUGUUACUCAGGAGCAUGAGCGAAGUACUGCUUAUGGAUGGGUCUCAGCUACGUUUGCGGCCAGUCUGGUCAGCAGCCCAGCCAUUGGAGCAUACCUCUCUGCCAGUUAUGGAGACAGCCUCGUUGUGCUGGUGGCCACAGUGGUGGCUCUUCUGGACAUCUGCUUCAUCUUAUUGGCUGUUCCAGAAUCUUUGCCAGAGAAAAUGAGACCUCUCUCCUGGGGAGCUCACAUUUCUUGGAGACAAGCAGAUCCUUUUGCGUCACUGAAGAAAGUUGGAAAAGAUUCUACUGUCUUACUAAUCUGCAUCACCGUUUUUCUUUCAUACCUUCCUGAAGCUGGACAGUAUUCAAGUUUUUUUCUCUAUCUCAGGCAGGUCAUAGGUUUUGGAUCUGUUAAAAUUACAGCAUUCAUAGCUAUGGUAGGAAUUCUGUCUAUUGUGGCUCAGACAGUCUUUCUUAGCAUCUUGAUGAAAUCAUUAGGGAAAAAGAACACUGUCCUCCUUGGUUUGGGCUUCCAGAUGUUCCAGUUAGCCUGGUAUGGUUUUGGAUCUCAGGCAUGGAUGAUGUGGGCAGCUGGGACCGUGGCUGCCAUGUCGAGCAUUACAUUUCCAGCUGUCAGUGCCCUUGUCUCUGGGAAUGCAGAGUCAGACCAGCAAGGAGUUGCCCAGGGGAUCAUAACUGGAAUAAGAGGACUGUGUAAUGGCCUAGGGCCGGCCCUGUAUGGCUUCAUUUUCUACAUGUUCCAUGUGGAACUGACUGAGUUGGAACCAGAAUUGAAUUCUAACAAUGCUGCCCUGCAGGGAGCUGUCAUCCCAGGCCCACCGUUUUUAUUUGGGGCAUGUAUAGUUCUUAUGUCUUUUCUGGUUGCCUUAUUCAUCCCUGAAUACAGUAAAGGCAGUGGAACUCAAAAACAUAGCAACAGCAUCAGCGGCUGCCUGACCAACACUCCAGAACGGGGCAAUAACGAGGACAUUGAGCCACUGCUGCAGGACAGCAGCAUCUGGGAGCUCUCUUCCCUCGAGGAGCCUGGGAAUCUUUGCAGAAAGAGGGAUUCUGUAGACGCCAUCUCUGAGAGCCACGGAGAAGCCGCACCACAUGGAGACUUUAAGGUGCUGGAAGGGAGAUACUAGUGACAUCCUCCAGGAUCUAGCUUGAGAAGGAACCACCCCUAUCCCUUUGUCUCCCUCCUCUUCCUCUUCCUUUUCUAUCAUUCUUUUUCUUUUGUUGAUACAUUAGGGCAAGUUAAGAUUUGAAAUACUUUUCUGCAAAUAAUAUGCAACCCUCAAAGUUAUCUGGAGUCCAUACUUUGAAACUCAAGUAGAAGUCAUUCCUGGGAGUUCCCUUGUGGCUCAGCAGGUUCAGGAUCUGGGUGUGGCCAAAUAAAAAGAAAAAAA